AUGAUUAAUAUAGAAAAUAAGUCACAUCCACAACUUGGAGAAUCUUUUUCAACUCAAGAAGAGUUUUUUGAAACAAUUUGGCAAUAUGGUCUUAGUCAAGGUUUUACAAUUAGAUAUGGUAAAGUUGAUAAUAGAAAUAAAGAAAAAGAAAUAUGUAAAAGAACAAUUUUAUGUUCAUGUGAAGGUACAUCUGUAGCAAAGAAAGAUGAUGAUAAACCAAAGCGCAAAGAGAAUCAAAAUGAUGUAGUUGCAAAUAUAUGGUACACGCAAUUUCUUAAAAUAGUUAAUAUGAAAGCAUCACAAGUUUUACUAACAGAUGAUGAUAAAGAAAUUUCUAAUGCUUAUAAUAAUACUUUUUAUUAUUAUAAUACAAAACAUCAAGAAUGUGAUCAAAUUACUUUUAAUGAAUUGUGGAAUUCUCUCAAAAAUGAUUAUCCAAAAGCUGUUGCUUAUUUAGUUCAAAUGGAAAAAACUGUUGACAAAUGGGCUGCUUGCUAUAAUCAUAAUGUAUUUAUGGCUGAUAUGACUACAACUCAACAAGGAGAAUCAAUGAAUCAUUUAAUAAAAGGAUAUAUGGAUGCAACAACAUUGUUAUCAGCAUUUAUUCAAGCAUUUAAAACAGCAUUAGAUUCUCAUAAAGAAUGUAUUGAGCUUGAAAUUUAUCAACAAGAUAACAAUAAUAUUAUUUUUCAAACUACUAGUCCUUAUGAAAAACAAGCAGCACAUUUUUUAACUUGA